UGGAAGUUUGGAACCGUGAAAAAAGACGGGUCUCCUAUUGGCCCUAAUGGUUGUAAUGGCCCGAACGACCCAAACUAUUUAAUAACGAUCCCCGUCGCCGAUGUCUUUUUCGAUCCGCCGGUUCCUAAAAUUGCGUAUGUUCCAUUAGCACCACCUCCUCCUGCAGUCAUGAAUACCAACUUUACUAUCGACCUAUACGAGGUUCAACAGAUAGUUUUGGAGUCUCAGCAAAAGUGA